AUGAGUAACACAAUAAGUAUAAUAACUAUAAAUUGUCAAGGUAUUGGUUCCCCAGAAAAACGAAAAGAUGUCAUCCAGUAUUACAAACAAAAAAAUUUCAAUAUUCUCUGUUUACAAGAUAACCACUUUAACGAAAAAGAUGAAAAUAAAAUAGAAAUCAAAUGGGGUUUUAAAUGUAUCUCCAAUUCAUUCUCGUCCAAUUCUCGAGGUGUGGCUAUCUUGAUAAAUAAUAAUAUUGAAUUUAAGAUAAAAACUAUCAAAAAGGAUGAAAGGUGGAAAAUUUAA